AUGGCCCAGCCAGAUUUGCAGGCUCGAAGUUUAGACUGCGCCCUUGUAAAGGCUAUGCCGCUAUACAAGCCAGAGCCUUCGCUUUUGGCUUCGUGCAGAAUAAUGAUGCGGCAUCUUCCUAAGAUCCUCACGCAUCCCUUCAAGGCGUUUCGCCAGCCGCCCUGGGCAUUUCUGUCCGCCAUUCCAUCCCGAAUUGACCCGUCCUUGCUGGUGGAAGAGGAGAAUUCCCCCUACUACGAACCAGCUUAUUUUUACCCAGCGCGGAUUGAGCAACCCGUCAACACGAGGGCUGGCAUUUCGUUUGAAAAUGACUUGACUCAUUCUCCAUCCAGGGAAGUUCAGGGAGUCAUAUAUGUCUUAUCUUUGAACCUUUGCGUGAGUCACUGGGGAAAUAUUGCCAACGAUGGCAAGAUGCUUUCUACACACAACUACCUAACCAAUAACUGCAUUUUACGCACACUCAAACGCGACGACCUUGUCCCUCGUAACUUCAACUUUGAAACCGCUCUCUCCAAAGUCAACGGGGAAGAGAAGAGGAUUGUUUAUCAACUUCGUCAAGCGGAUGAUCAAAUGGAACCCCGGAGAGCGAAGUACAGCGAAGGAGCUACUGCAGGAUCCAUGGCUUUGCAACGAUUAUCCGCAGAUAUGAGGCUGUCUGUCUUCCAUCUUUGUUCAGUUCUGCGAUUAUUCCUUCCGUGGGCCGGCCUGGCCGGUUUGAAAUUACUGGCAAUCCUGGAGGGUCGGUCCAUUUAG